CACACACACACACAUAUAUUUAUAAGUGGGAUGGGAGAAGGGGUACGGUGAUAAUUAAAAGAGGUAAGGUUUCUCUUGAGAUGAAAAUGUUCCCAAAUUGUGAUGGCGGAUGCACACCUCUGAAUAUAUUAAAAGCCUUUGAAAUGAAAAAAGGGUGGGGGGAAUCCAAAAGUGUAGCAGACCCAACCUUGAGAUUUGCUUGUUUCUGAAUGAAUUUUCCAAUAACUUGAAAGUUGUAAAAACUCACAGUUCUCAGGGUUAGGUGUCAGAAAGAAAAGGAAGUAAUUUAUUCUUUAAUAAAGCGAUUGUUAAAUACUCUUUAGAACUACCACUGAUUGCAAUUUUGCAGUGUCUACUCAUAGUGUCUAUAUAGGUACCAUGAAAAAGAUGUACUUGUGAAAUUGUUCUCAUGUUACUUCAGAAACAUUUUGCUUCUAAGUGUAUAUUCUAUCUCUGGUUAAAUGUUCAUUGAAUUUUAUUUAAUCAUUAAUCUCAACAGCAUUAAACAGUCAAUAACAUAAAUGACAGUCUUCUCUUUGUACUCCUCCAUGUACAACAUCACAGAGCUCCAUCUGUAUACACGAAAGUCACAUGAAAAUAGAACUCAGUGUUUUAUAUUACAUAGUCUAUUCAGUACAUUUAGAAGUAUUUUGCCUCCAAUAUUAAACCAGAAUAAAAGACUCAGUGAGAACGCGUGGUGGCGCUGCAGGUUAAGAUGACGGAAAAUAGAAUUGCCCACGCAGCUCCAGGAUCCAGCAAACCGUUUCCCAAAGCCUGGAAGCAAAAGAAUAGCUGAGCCAGAGCAGACUCAAGUGUGAAACCUCUUUAAGACACUUUUGGGCUGCUUGGUUCUGACAUUCUGGACUGCAAAACCGUACUACUAGGAUCCUGGGGAUACAUGACGCUUCUGUGAACCAACUUUUCAAGAAAAAGCAAUGGAGAUUGGAUGGAUGCACAAUCGGAGACAAAGGCAAGUCCUCGUUUUCUUUGUUUUGCUGAGCUUGUCUGGGGCGGGCGCCGAGUUGGGGUCCUAUUCCGCAGUGGAAGAAACGGAGAGAGGCUCUUUUGUGGCAAAUCUAGGAAAAGACCUGGGGUUGGGGUUGACAGAGAUGUCCACCCGCAAGGCCAGGAUCAUUUCCCAGGGGAACAAACAGCAUUUGCAGCUCAAGGUUCAAACUGGGGAUUUGCUCAUAAAUGAGAAGCUAGAUCGAGAGGAGCUAUGCGGUCCCACUGAGCCUUGCAUACUACAUUUCCAAGUGUUAAUGGAAAAACCUUUAGAAAUAUUUCAGGCUGAACUGAGAGUGAUAGAUAUAAAUGACCAUUCUCCCAUGUUCACUGAAAAGGAAAUGAUUCUAAAAAUACCGGAAAACAGUCCUCUAGGAACUCAGUACCCACUGUAUCAUGCUUUGGACUUGGAUGUAGGAAGCAAUAAUGUUCAAAACUAUAAAAUCAGCCCAAAUUCCCAUUUUGGGGUUCUAACCAGAGAACGCAAUGAUGGCAGGAAAUACCCUGAGCUAGUGUUGGGUAAAGAGCUGGAUCGGGAGGAAGAGCCUCAACUAAGACUAACCCUGACAGCACUGGAUGGCGGCUCUCCACCACGAUCUGGAGCUGCUCAGGUCAGCAUUGAAGUGGUGGACAUCAGUGAUAACGCUCCUGAGUUUGAGCAGCCCAUCUACAAAGUGCAGAUUCCAGAGAACAACCCCCUUGGCUCCCUGGUUGCCACCGUCUCCGCCAGGGAUUUAGACAGCGGAGCCAAUGGAAAAAUAUCAUACACACUCUUUCAGCCUUCGGAGGAUAUUAGUAAAACUUUGGAGGUAAAUCCUAUGACAGGGGAAAUUCGACUGAGAAAACAAGUAGAUUUCGAAACGGUUACGUCUUAUGAAGUGGACAUCAAAGCCACAGAUGGGGGAGGUCUUUCAGGAAAGUGCACUCUUCUCCUGCAAGUGGUGGAUGUGAAUGACAAUCCCCCACAGGUGACCAUGUCUGCACUCACCAGCCCCAUCCCAGAGAACUCGCCUGAGAUAGUAGUUGCUGUUUUCAGCGUUUCAGAUCCUGACUCCGGAAACAAUGGGAAGACGAUUUCCUCCAUCCAGGAAGACCUUCCCUUUCUUCUAAAACCUUCAGUCAAGAACUUUUACACCUUGGUAACGGAGAGAGCACUCGACAGAGAAGCAAGAGCUGAAUAUAAUAUCACCCUCACCAUCACAGAUACGGGGACUCCAAGGCUGAAAACGGAGCACAACAUAACAGUGCAGAUAUCAGAUGUCAAUGAUAACGCCCCCGCUUUCACCCAAACCUCCUACACCCUGUUCGUCCGCGAGAACAACAGCCCCGCCCUGCACAUCGGCAGCGUCAGCGCCACAGACAGAGACUCAGGCACCAACGCCCAGGUCACCUACUCGCUGCUGCCGUCCCAGGACCCGCACCUGCCCCUCGCCUCCCUUGUCUCCAUCAACGCAGACAACGGCCACCUGUUCGCCCUCAGGUCUCUGGACUACGAGGCCCUGCAGGCGUUCGAGUUCCGCGUGGGCGCCACAGACCGCGUCCCCGCGCUGAGCAGCGAGGCGCUGGUGCGCGUGCUGGUGCUGGACGCCAACGACAACUCGCCCUUCGUGCUGUACCCGCUGCAGAACGGCUCUGCGCCCUGCACCGAGCUGGUGCCCCGGGCGGCCAAGCCGGGCUACCUGGUGACCAAGGUGGUGGCCGACUCGGGCCAGAAAGCCUGGCUGUCGUACCAGCUGCUCAAGGCCACAGAGCCCGGGCUAUUCGGCGUGUGGGCGCACAAUGGCGAGGUGCGCACAGCCAGGCUGCUGAGCGAGCGCGACGCGGCCAAGCACAGGCUGGUGGUGCUGGUCAAGGACAAUGGGGAGCCUCCGCGCUCGGCCACCGCCACGCUGUACGUGCUCCUGGUGGACGGCUUCUCCCAGCCCUACCUGCCUCUCCCGGAGGCGGCCCCAGCCCAGGCCCAGGCCGACUCGCUCACCGUCUACCUGGUGGUGGCGUUGUCCUCGGUGUCUUCACUCUUCCUCUUUUCGGUGCUCCUGUUCGUGGCGGUGCGGCUGUGCAGGAGGAGCAGGGCGGCCUCAGUGGGCCGCUGCUCUGUGCCCGAGGGUCCCUUUCCAGGGCAUCUGGUGGACGUGAGCGGCACCGGGACCCUGUCCCAGAGCUACCAAUACGAGGUGUGUCUGACAGGAGGCUCAGAAACAAGAGAGUUCAAGCUCCUGAAGCCGAUUAUCCCCAACUUCUCUCCUUAGGGCACUAGGAAAGAAAUAGAUUAAAAUUCCACCCUUCACAAUAGCUUUGGAUUUAAUUAUUGAUAGGAACCCAUUUGAUAAAUUUCUUAACUUCUUAUGAUUGUCUUGUUGAUUAAAUUGUUCAUGCUCACCACCACCAA